UCGGUCAUAGUCACCCGUUUACGUGGUUGUAUUUAUUUAGACAAAAUGUCAAAGGUCAGCUUUGCGGAACACGCCCAAGAAUUCAAGACGCUGCGCGCGCAGGCAGAGGCUCUCCCCACGGACAGCGCCGCUUACACCGCCGCCAGCUUUUUCAAGUCCAAGUAUGCUGUCGGAGCAGACAAACCCAAGGCCAAAACAUGGACGACGCAACUUAGCGUGGACAGCCAGUACCAGAGCUCGUCUCCGCUAAAGGCGGCGUCUAUUGGCAAGAAGGCGGACAUGAUUACGCUUGGAACUGCCCGUCCUUCACCACAGUUUUACCCCUACGAGUCCAUCACAUUCAACUGCGUUGAUGAUGCUUCGUCUAAGGAAAACAAGCCCACUACGGCUUUGACCGCCUUCAAGGGCGACGAGGCCUAUAACCUCUCUGCUGCCCUCAACUACGGCUACCCAGCAGGAUCGCCUCAGUCAGUACGCUUCAUCACAGAACACAUUGAGAUGAUGCACAACCCUCCGUACCAGGACUGGGCCACAAGUCUGACCUGCGGCACCACAUCCGCCAUUGAGAUCUGCUUCCGCAUCUUCUGCAACCCCGGAGAUAGCAUCCUCGUGGAAAACUACUCUUACACCGGCACCAUGGUUGCCGCCAAGGCUCAGCGAAUCAAGGCUGUCCACCUGGGUAUGGACGAGGCUGGUCUGUCUGCCACAGAGCUGGAGAACACACUGGCUAACUGGGAUACGGCAAAGGGACCUAAGCCCCAUGUUCUAUACACUAUUCCUACGGGCCAGAACCCUACCGGCGUUACCCAGACAGAGCAGCGACGCAGAGAGAUCUACCAAGUUGCUGAGAAGCACGACCUUAUCAUCAUUGAAGACGACCCCUACUUUUUCCUGCAGCUCACAGAGGUCCAGGAAGAGCAGGCUCACACCCCCGAAGCACUCCAAGCCUACAUCGACAAGCUGCCAUCGUCGUACCUCUCUCUGGAUGUAUCUGGACGAGUGGUUCGUCUUGACUCCACAUCCAAGAUUCUCUCUCCUGGCCUUCGCUUGGGUUGGUUGACUGCCAGCGACCAGAUUGUGGAAUUAUUCAUGGCAUACUCUGAGAUUAGCGUGCUCGCACCUAGCGGACCCUCGCAGAUGAUGAUGUACAAGCUGAUGGACCAACAAUGGGGUCACGAAGGCUUCAUCCGCUGGCUUACACACCUCUCGCAGCAGUACAGCCUGCGCAUGCACAUGAUGCACGACGCUUGCAAGGCCAAUCUGCCAACCGAUAUCUGUUCGUGGAAGAUUCCCGACGCCGGCAUGUUUAUCUGGAUCACGGUCGAUGCCACCAAGCACCCGCAGGCGGGAGAGGGCAAGCCAUCCACAGAGCUCCUUUUACAGGUCGAAGAGGCUCUGUACCAAAAGGCCAAAGAUAUUGGUGUUCUAACUAGCAAGGGAAGUUGGUUUCUCGGCACACCACAGAGCACUACCGAAGUCAGCCUUCGCGUCACUUUUGCGGCGGCGACCGAGGAGCAGCUCAAGCCUGGAAUUGAGCUGCUGGGACAGGCUUUCCGAGCAGAGUUCCAGCUGCAGUAAUGAGUUAACGCAUAUUUCUAUGAGCUAGAAGAAAAUAUAUACUUUUACUAUGAUACGAUAGUUUUAAAAUUAUGUCUCUAGACUUCGGGUUAGAUAACAAUAUAAAUCAAACUAUGUACGCAC